CGACGCCCGUGCGAGGAGGACGCCCUCCGUGCCCCCCCCUACGUCAACGUGUCGUCGGUGGAGGACGUGGUGACCCCCCGGUUCCUGUGCUCGGGGGGCACCGAGCCCCAGGUGGACCCCAACACCUGCCGCGGCGACUCCGGGGGUCCUGUCAUUGUCACCUGGGGGAAGCGCCACUUCCAGGUGGGCGUGGUCAGCUGGGGCAUGGCCCCCGUGUGCCGGGACAGCAGCUCCUCGUCCCACACCCGCGAUUACCACGUGAACCUGUUCGAGGUGCUGCCCUGGCUGAGGGACAAGCUCAAGGACGAGGACCUGGGGUUCCUGCCCUGAGCCCUGGGGACACGCCAGGACACGCCGGGACACGCCGGGACACGCCACGGCCACCCGACCCCACAGGGGUGGGACGCGGAGGAGGGGGAUCCGAGCGGGCUGUGGGGCCAAUUUCGGGGGUCCCUGUGGGUCUGGAGGGGUCCCCAUCCCACCCCAAUGACAAUAAAGAUGGCCACGUCCCUGCUGACCUUUAUUGCCCCCCACGCAGGCUCCUGGGGGUCCCUCACUGCCCCCCGAAAAGGUCCUCGUUGUACACGACCUGCGAGCGCUUGUCGCGGUGGGAGCCCUUGGCGCU